AUGGCAAAAGAGGAUGAAAACUCGGUCCUCUCCAGGUCUUAUUCGCGAAACAAGACAAAGUUGUCACAUUCGAAGUAUUUUAUGCAUUUCUAUGUUUGUUUUUGCACUGACUUACGUUCCAGUCGUCAGCAAUGGGCUGAAUCAAAACUCCUUGAAGAGGAAGUUGCGAGACGCUUGGAAAGAUACCUUGAAGCAGAAUUAGCUGUUCUUUUGAAGGAUCGAGAAGUGGAAUUUAAUGCUGAGGUUGAGAGGCGUGUCGCCAUCGAGCGUGAGGCUUUGGAAAAAAGGCGAAAAGAGGAGGCUGAAAGGAAGGCUCGAGAAGAGGAGGAGGAAAAGCGCCGAAAGGAGGAGGAAGAACGUCAAUUAAAGGAACUCAAUGAACGGUUGGCUCGUCAACGCGAAGAGGAGCUUAGCGAAUUGCGCCGUAAAGAGGUGAAGUCACUCUCGUUUCUCCAUACCGAAGAAAUACGUCAAAAGCAGUAUGAGGAAGAAUUGAGAAAGCUGGAAGAAAAGCAGCGUUUAGAGGCGGAAGAACAACGGAGGAUUAAAAAGGAGCAGGAGAUUAUCCUUAAUCGGAAACGGGUUCGUCCAAAGCUAAGUUUUACCUUAAAGAAAUAA